CUCUCUCCUGUUCUUUUUUUUUUUUUCCCCUGUAAAUUAGGGCAAAACGAAGGUGAAGGAAGAAAUGGUUCCCUUCAAGGCAAGCAAAGGAAAAACGAAGGUUAAAGAAUCUCUGGCCGAAGAUCGCCCUGCUUUAAAGAACGUUAAUAUGAGAGAUUUGAAGAUCUACACAGAUAAUGAGAAGCGGAAGACGCAUGCUCCCAAAUAUGCUGAUGUCGACGACAAGAAGAAACCGGUGCCAUCUAAUGUGGUUAUGAAGAGGGCUGAUAAUGAUGAAAAUACAGAGAAAGCUAAGGGAAUUUGUGAUAUUUCAGUAAAAACUAAGGCUGGAAGAAAAGCUCUGGCGGAUGUCAGCAAUGUUAGGAGCUACUUGUUGCGAGGCCGACUGAGCAAUGGGUCCAAACAAAUGAACGACAAAAGUGACAGAAGUCAUUUGCUACAGAGUAGGGCUCCAGUACAACGGAGUAUUACGUGUGCUAGUGCAUCAUCAAGAAAACCGAUAGUGGGGGAAGGUAAGGUCAGUGAUCCUCAGAUUCCAAAGGAGGGGAAUGCAUUUAAGAGUGUAUCCUGCAAAAGGGUUAAUGAUCGGUCUCUUAAAUCUCUUGAUGCUAACGAAGGCAAGACUGCUAGUAAGCCUCCAAUGGCAGCGCGGAAGUCUGCAGCUUCUCAAAGAAUCUGGAGAGGAUCUUCAUUAGGUGGAUCGACGACUGUGAUAACUAAAGGUCCUCGCCCGAAAUUGGGCUCUAUCAAGGCAAAUGUCAAAAGCUCAGACACAAUUCAGGACAAACCGAGUAUAUCUGGAACUAGGACUAGAAGAAAAGCAUUGGUGGAAGUCAACAGCUUCAGGAGUUAUCAGCUAAGAAACCGAUCUAGUGAUGGUUCUAAACUGAUCAGGACCCAGAAUGGGAAGUUUCUUUCUCAGCCAAGCAAGAUCCAGAGUGGGAAGUUUCUUUCUCAGCCAAGGUUUUCAUCUGCGAGUCAGAAGGUCAAGGUUGUGAAUACAUCAUCAAGGAAAUCCAUUAUGACAAUGAGGAGAACUGCACAAACAAGCUCCCUGGCCAGGAUGGUGACAAAAUCCAAGCCUGCACUAGGUUUGGAGAAGAAAUCCAUGCCUAUUACAGUAAAUUCUUCCAUGAAAGAGGGUAAAGUAGUGAACGGGCUCACAUGUGAAGAUAUUGAAUUGGUGAUUCCACAUGAAUUCAGUCUAGAAAAGCAUUCAUCUGAUGGCAAUGGCUGCUCAAGUGAGAGUGUGACUGCAAUUAUAUCUAAACCCAAGAGGACUCGUCGGAGAUCUUAUACUUCCCUGCUGAUGGCUAGAUCCAAGGUUUUGGGUGAACAUGCUGGCUUUGUCAAGCAGGAUGAGCUACCCAAUAUUGACGACACCACCAAUCAUCUAGAAGUAGCAGAAUACGUUGAUGACAUCUACCAAUAUUAUUGGAUCAUGGAGGCAAAGAAUCCUUCCCUCUCCAACUACAUGACGAUCCAGACAGACAUAAAUUCUAGAAUGCGGGGCAUACUAAUCAACUGGCUAAUUGAAGUACACCUCAAGUUUGAAUUGAUGCAAGAAACACUGUUUCUCAUGGUAGAAUUGCUUGACAGAUUUCUUUCUGCUGUUACAAUUAAAAAGGACGAAAUGCAGUUGGUUGGUCUUACCGCCCUCUUGCUAGCCUCAAAAUAUGAAGACUUUUGGCAUCCAAAGAUCAAAGAUUUGAUUAGCAUCUCAUCAAACCUGUACACAAGAGAUCAAAUGCUUGACAUGGAGAAGCUGAUUCUUAAGAAGUUGAUGUUCCGUCUGAACGCCCCAACUCCAUAUGUUUUCAUGUUACGGUUUCUUAAAGCUUCCCAAGCAGACAAAAAGCUUGAGCAUCUAGCCUUCUACCUCAUUGAAUUGUGCCUGGUCGAAUAUGAAGCUCUGCAGUUCAAACAAUCUUUGUUAUGUGCAUCGGCAAUCUAUGUUGCGCGGUGCACACUGCAAAUGGCUCCAGCCUGGACACCAUUGCUUAUCAAACAUUCACGCUAUGAAGAAACACAACUCAGGUCCUGUGCAGAUCUGGUCUUGAGGUUUCAAAGAGCUGCUGGCAGGGGACUACUGAAAGUUACCUAUGAGAAGUAUUUAAGCACGGAUCACAGUUGUGUGGCAGCGAUAAAACCAAUAGAUAAGCUUCCUCUAUGAUUUGACUUACUCUUUUGUAAGUGUGUUUUAGUUUUGAUUUGUAUUAUCAUUGUAAAUACGACGAGUUUCUUUGGGUGCUGAUGAUUUUACUGUUUUUUAUCCUGAUCAAAAUCAUGUACGGAAUAUACAUACACGCAUUCUAUUUUCAAUGGAGCCUUUGUACUUGGUGUGA